AUGCACACCGCAGUAAUCGGAGUUCCAGCAUUCGUUGGAAUUAUUCUGAUGUUCCAGCUUCUACACCCCGGAUGCAGUCAAUUUCUCGACCCAGCCUGCGGAAUUCGAACACAAUCGAGGACUGCGCAUCGCAUAAUCAAUGGCCAUACAGCUAAAUAUAACUCGAGCCCCUGGAUGGUUUUUCUGCACUCGACUACAGAUAUGUUUGUGUGCGGCGGAUCUCUCAUUACGAACAAACUAGUACUAACUGCAGCUCAUUGCUUCAUUGCAAAUCAGCAUUUAGUAGCCAGGCUGGGGGAGUAUGAAAGAACGAGGAGUGAAGAAUGCAUCGGAUAUUACUGCAAUUUUCGAGAGGAGCACAUGGUAGAUGCGGGCUUCAAGCACAAGUUGUAUGAUCCAAAAACACAUGCUAACGACAUUGCCAUUCUGCGGUUGGCCAAGAGUGUCGUGUACAGAGACAACAUCAGGCCCAUUUGCGUUGUGUGGGAUCAUAAGUGGAGGCAGUAUAUAGACAACAUCGAUUUGCUAACUGCAACUGGAUGGGGAAAGACCGAAAUGGAAAGUGACAGUGAUGCUCUUCAGACGUUGGACAUUCGUCGCCAGCCACCAGAGGUGUGUGCUAGGUUCAUCGGCCAGACCAUCGCUGGUAACCAAUUCUGCGCAGGAAACUGGGACAGUAAUCUCUGCAAUGGCGAUUCCGGUGGUCCAUUGGGAGCAAUGAUAACGCAUAAAAACACACAGCGCUUUCUCCAAAUCGGUAUAGCCAGCUAUACGAACAGAAAUUGCCAAAAGGCAAGUGUUUUCACUGACGUUCUGAGCCAUGCCGAAUUUAUCCUUCGAGUGUGGAGGAUGUACGGCAAGGGUCAAAGGUUACCGAUCCCAAAGAAACCCACAACGACCACCCGUCCACCUACAUGGUGGCAUACUCCAAAACAGACUUUCCAAGACUACGAUUAUGACACCAAUCAUGGAUCGCAUUGGGAUUGGAACUACAGUCCCGAGUGGUAUCCUGGAGGCUACUUUUAUAUUUCAACCUGGUAAAAGUUGUUAGAAUAUUUUAAGUACAUUUAUAUAAAUAAAACAU